AGCCAAUCAAACGUCACGGAUAAAUCCACUUGGCUAUGGUGGGCUCAUGAUGGCCCCCAUCUUGUAACGUUAUCGACGUCGAAAAAUUUCCUAACAUUGCAGGCCAAGAGGACAGACAGCUCCUCUCCAAACCGCGGCACACAUGCAAUGGCUUCCCGCCCUUCGAAACGCAGAAGGGUAACGCCACCCGGGGAAGACGGGCACGAAUCUACGAACAAAGACGCCAAGAUCCAGAAGGCAUUCUUCAAGAAUGCCGCCAACUGGAAUCUCGAACAAGACUACGAAUCAAGGUCAAGGAAAGCCAAGAAGAAGGAAGCGAAGAAGAACGCCAGCGAAGGGGGAGGCAGACUUCCCGUGAAGACGGCCCAGGGGACAUGGCAGGUUCAAGAUGAUGCAGACUCGAUAGCGAGCGAUGCCGACUGGCUUGAGAGUGAGGGAGACGAGGGUGGCAUCGAGGAGCAGCCCGAGGCCGUUGUUCCAGAAGAACCCAAGAUCCCCGAACGGGAACAAAUCCGCAAGGCUCAGGAAGAGCUUGCGAAGAUCGCAACGCAGCUAAACGAGGACCCGGAAGAGCAUCCUGGCGCGUUCAAGGCAUUGGCUCGCAUCGGCGAGUCACCUAUUCUCGCGAUACAGAAGCUGUGCAUCGUUACCCAGAUGACGGUCUACAAAGAUGUCAUUCCUGGAUAUAGGAUACGGCCCGCGACAGAGGAGGCAGCUGGGGAGAAGCUCUCAAAAGAAGUCCGGCGCUUGCGGACUUACGAACAAGCUCUAAUAUCGGGAUAUCAUGGCUACAUCAAGACUCUGGCACAGCACGCAGCUUCUCCGGGUUCGGAAACUCGGAAAGCGGGCCCUCCCAUUUCAAGCAUUGCCUUUACCUGUGCUUGCACACUGGUAAACGCGGUGCCUCAUUUCAACUUCCGCGGUGAUCUCUUGAGGAUACUCGUGCGGAAACUGAGCAGCCGCAAGUUGGAUGACGACUUCGUCAAGUGCCGGCAAACGCUGGAGACCUUGUUCCGGGACGAUGAAGAUGGAAAGGCCUCGAUGGAAGCAGUCUCCUUGCUCUCGAAGAUGAUGAAGGCUCGCGAGUACCGCAUUGACGAGAGUGUCCUCAACAUGUUUUUACACCUUCGGUUGCUGUCCGAGUUUGCAGGCAAAGCUUCGCAAGAUAAGGUCAGCCAUCCCGGGAACCUGUCGAAUGGCAAAAGGCCGAAAGGGAAGAGGGAGUUUCGGACUAAACGGGAACGGAAGCUGCUCAAGCAGCAGAAGGAAGCCGAGAAGGUGAUGGCUCAUGCCGAUGCAACCGUCAGCCACGAAGAGCGGGAGCAAACGCAAUCAGAGAUUCUAAAGAUCGUAUUCGCUACAUACUUCCGGAUCCUGAAGAUGCGCACGCCGCAUCUCAUGGGGGCGGUGCUUGAAGGCCUGGCCAAGUACGCGCACCUUAUCAACCAAGACUUCUUCGGAGACCUCCUCGAGGCCCUUAAGGAGCUUAUCCGGGAGAGCGAAAGUGCUGAAGAUGGAGAUGAGGGGGCGAGUGGCGAAGCUCAAGAAGAGGACGAUCUCUCUGUCGUCCGCGACACCAGCAGAGAAGCCCUCCUCUGCACCGUCACCGCCUUCGCGCUGCUCGAAGGUCAGGACGCGCAUAACGCCCGCUCCGACCUGCAUCUCGACCUGUCCUUCUUUAUCACAAACCUCUACCGCAGCCUCCUCAGCCUCUCCGUCAACCCCGACGUCGAAUUAGGUGCCAGAUCCCUACACCUGACCGACCCAAACGACGCCUCGUCGGGGAACCCUACCGAGCGGCGGAAUAACAAGAUCAACCUCCAGACCACGACCGUGCUCCUAAUGCGCUGCCUCAGCGGCGUGCUCCUCCCGCCCUGGAACAUCCGUUCGGUGCCGCCUUCACGCCUCGCGGCUUUCACGAAGCAGCUCAUGUCAGUGGCGCUGCAGAUGCCCGAGAAGUCGUGCCAGGCUGUGCUGGGCCUGCUGCACGAUGUGUUGCACACCCACGGCCGCAAGAUCAGCGCGUUGUGGAACACGGAGGAGCGAAAGGGCGACGGAACCUACAAACCCCUGAGCGAGACGGUGGAGGGGAGCAACCCAUUUACGACUACGGUGUGGGAAGGAGAAAUUCUCCGGAAGCAUUACUGUCCCAAGGUUAGGGAGGAGUUGACGGCUAUGGAGAAGGAGCUUAGAACGAUCUAAUCUCCGCCCAAUCCCAUUCUUUUCGUCCUUGAUGAAUCAGAAAGGGCGCCGUUCAUGCGAACUCUCCGUCUCCAAGAUUGUUGUCAGGUGUGGGAGCCUUGAGCGUAUUGAUACCCCUGAGCGGACGGAGUGUGUGAGGGUCAUUAACUGGUUCAACUAUCGCAUCCAUCAGGCAUAGUUAGCUGCCCCAAUAAAGUUACCUUCUCGCUUGUUGGUCCCCUCGGGUUCGUCGUCGUCCUACCACAUGUUGGGCAAGAUGCGGUCAGGCAGGAGGAGUGUCCAGACGGAGAGGUUCCGACUCGCCCGGUCAUGAUAUGUCGUACCCUUGUACAAUAUGU